AUGGCAUUAAAUGCAUUUCUGGGGUAUGUAUGCCCUGCCAAAAGGCAUGCUGUUAGCAAUUUGCGGGAUUACUCGAAGAGGAUGGACAUGGUACCACAAUGGAUCGCAUUUCUCUCGGGCCAAAACUGUGACGAGAGCUUUAGACCUGGUACUUGGGCGCACGAAUUACUCCAAAUGAGCGUGAAAUCUUUGCAGAAGAUUGCAGAUAAGAACAACCUGCCAAAAGAAGCUAUCUCAAUUCUGCUCAUAAGCAAUAAAUCCUUUCGUAAACUCGAAACUAAAUAUGCUGACUACUGUUAA